AUGCUUUUCUCUGUUCUUCUUGUGCUGGGCGUCAGCCUGGUGCCCAUUCACCCCAAACUUAUUGGGGGGAAUCUUGGCAGUCCUUUUCUUCACCAAUGCUUUGAGGAGGCAAAGAAAAUAGUAGACGAUGCGUACAAAUACUCCAGAGAAGAGAGUCUGAGACGGGUCCGCAAAGAUGUGGUGCAACCCCAUGACGCUCUUCGUCUCCUGAAGCAGCCCCGGGGUGACACUCGCUCAGCUGUUCGCUCUGCAGACUACAUGGUGCAAACCCUUCGUCUGGUCCAUGACAAGGUCCAUCGUGUGCAUAAACGUUCUCUGAACGCAACAGAUUUGCUCUCUGGAGAAGACCUGAUAAAACUUGCACAGUUAACUGGGUGUGCGACUCGAGUCAGUCUUCCAAACUGUGGCACCACACCAAACCUGAACAAGUAUCGCACAGCCACCAGCGUCUGCAACAACCUAAAAAGCCCUCGUCUCGGAGCCUCCAACACCCCCUUCACCCGCUGGCGGCCGGCUGAGUACGACGACGGCAUCUCCCAACCCAAAGGAUGGAACAGAAACCGACGAUUCAACAACUUUGUGCUCCCACUGGUGCGACAGGUGUCCAACAACAUUUUAAGCACAACAGAUGCCGACGUUGUCAGCGACAGAGAUUUCACUCACAUGGUGACCUUUUUCGGCCAGUGGAACGAUCACGACCUCACCUUCACGCCCUUCUCGCCCAGCAUCCGCUCUUUCAGCAACGGCGUGAACUGCGAUGAGAGCUGCGAGCAAACCGAGCCGUGCACCCCCAUCCCGAUCCCUCCUGGCGACCCCCGCCUGCCUUCCCGCCCUGACAGCUGCCUCCCUGCCUUUAGGUCUGCCCCUGCUUGUGGAACGGGAUACUCUGCGUAUAAUUUUGGUGGGGAGCCCAACAGGAGAGAGCAAAUCAACGCCCUGACAGCCUUCCUGGACCUGGGGCAGGUGUAUGGAUCCGAGGAAAAGCUUGCACUGAGUCUUCGUAACCUCACUAGUGAUGGUGGCCUGCUCGCUGUCAACACAGAGUUCAGGGAUAACGGCCGAGAGCUGCUGCCCUUCCACCCUAUGCAGGUGCAAAUGUGUGCAACUCGCAAGAGAGUGACCAACGACAACAAUGCCAGAGAGGUGCCCUGUUUCAUUGCAGGUGAUGUGCGCGUGGAUGAAAACACCGCCCUGACUUCCAUCCAUACUUUGUUUGUACGUGAGCACAACCGUCUGGCUCGUGAGCUGAAGAGAAUGAACCCCCAAUGGGACAGUGAGACCAUCUACCAGGAGGCCCGCAAGAUCAUGGGAGCUUACACGCAGGUGUUUGUGUUUAGGGACUAUCUGCCACACAUCGUUGGUGACGAAGCAAUGCGCAGACAGCUCGGCCCUUACCCAGGCUACAACCCCAAUGUUGACCCCAGCAUCGCCAACGUCUUUGCAACCGCUGCUUACCGCUUUGCCCACUUGGCAAUCCAGCCAGUUUUGUCCCGACUGGAUGAAAACUACAGAGAGCACCCUCGCUUCCCGAGUGUCCCCCUGUUCAAGGCCUUCUUCACCCCCUGGAGGGUCGUCUUCGAGGGUGGGAUUGAUACAUUCCUGCGUGGUCUAAUCGCCCGUCCGGCUAAACUGAACACCCAGGAUCACAUGUUGGUCAACGCUCUGAGGGAGAGGUUGUUCCAGUUUGUACAACGUCUGACUCUGGAUCUGGGCUCUCUCAACAUGCAGCGCAGUCGUGAUCAUGGCCUGCCUGGCUACAACGAGUGGCGCAGGUUCUGUGGUCUGUCCCAGCCUCGUAACCAGGCAGAGCUGGGUCAGGUCCUGAACAACAACAACCUGGCCAGCAAACUGCUGCAGCUCUACGGUACGCCCGACAACAUAGACGUGUGGCUUGGAGGCGUUGCAGAGCCAUUUGUGGGCGGCGGCCGUGUGGGGCCUCUGUUUUCUUGCCUCAUUGCAACCCAGUUCCAGAGGAUCCGCCAGGGUGACAGAUUUUGGUACCAGAACCCGGGUGUCUUUACCUCCAGCCAGAGAGCUGCUGUUUCCUCUGCCACGUUGGCCAGAAUCAUCUGCGACAACACCGGCAUCACAUCUGUGCCCCGAGAUGUUUUCAGCGUGGUCUCUAGCAGGAACCCGCAAGUGCAGUGUUCCAGCAUCCCUCAGAUGAGCCUGUCCGCCUGGAGGGAGAGACCCUCCUCCUUCGACUCUCCUGAUCACCAUUCAAAAUCCAGUGAGGGAGAGAAUGUGGACCAGGUAGACAGUAUGAAGCUGCAGGAUCUUCUGAACCUCCAGAACAACAAGGUUUUCUAUUAA